AUGGAGAUUUUAUAAAAAAAGCAAAACUUUUCGCAGCAAAUGCCAAUGGACUCAGAUUAACUUCUUCAUCAAAUCUUCUAAAUUGGGAUGUAACUCAUUCUCGUCUCGAUACAAAUUACUUAUAAAAAGAUGGUUAGGGAUCUGCUUGGUGUCCCUUACUUGCAAAUUUAGAAAAAUAAGAGUACAUCUAGAUAUCUUCAUCAGUAGUUGAAUACUGGGAUCACCUAAUCAUUCAAGGAGCAGCAGAUUAAGACUAUUGGAUUAAAUCAUUUACUAUUGCCUACUCUGAAGACGAUGACGAAUUCAAGAUUAUGA